AUGAGUACACAUACAAAACUUGGUUUUAGUAGAUCAUUAAAGGAAGUAUCACCACCUUAAAAAGAAAACCUAUCUAUUCAAUAAGUGUUGGAAAUGUUUCAUUCCCCUUAUACUGAACAAUUAACUGAUCGAAAGAGUGAAGCCAUUGUAAGAUUCUGUAGAUAAAGAUCAGGAGGGUUCUUAUUGGAAGAGAUGCAAGAAUUAAUUGAAAUAUUGAGAUUGUCUAUAGCUGAAAACAAUGAAUUAAUGUAACCAGCCAUAUAAAAAAUUUGCGAAACUGCUUCUGUUCCAUUCAUCAAAUUAAGGACAUCUGAUUAAUUGAAAUUUGUUCCAAAAUUAAGUGAAUUCUUAGAUACUUUGAAGCCUAUACUCUAUAGUCCAUAACAGGAAUCAAGUAGUCAAUAGCCUGAAUUACGAAUGCCAGUUAUUAAGUUUUUGAAAUGUUUUGCAGAAGAAGGAAUUAGUGAAAUAAUGAAAGAAGAAGCAUCAUUUGAACAAUAAAAGAAAUAAACUGAAUUAUCUCCCUUGUAACAUCUCUUAAAGAAUGGAACAAGAGUAUUUAUCUAUAUAUGAAAUUCAUUAGAAUCUAAGAGCAUUAAACUAAUCCAAUUUGAUUGAGAAUAUCAUCUUUACUAUGUAACAUUAUUCAAAAUAAUAUGAAUAUUUAUUACCUUUGCUUGAAUUGAUUUCUAGUUGUAUCCUCUAUAGAGAUUUAGCAGCUAAAUUUUCAAAUUUUGGCAUAUUAAAGGAUAUUGUGUAUGUGAUUUUUGAAUGCGAAGAUUUCAGAUCCUACAUAGUAAAAUCAUGUUUUGAGAUUAUAUGGAAUACUAUUGAAGUAAGAAGGAUAAUAUAAAUAAUAGGCUGUAGGAGUUGCAUCAAUUAAGUUAUUUGCAGUUGAAGAUAUCAUAUCUGGUUUGAAGAAACUAUUUGAAAAUAUAAUGAAAUAGGGAUAUAAAUUAGAAGACAAAUGUUUGAGAAAUGAAAUCUUAAUUUUAUUAAAUUAUCUUAUGAGAGAUGAAAAAGUAAAUUUUAUAAUUUUUCUAUUUUAGGCUUUAUAAUAUUUUGUUGAUAAGCCUUAAGCACAUUCAAUUUAAUAAUAGACUAAUUUCUUAGAAGUGUUAUUAUUUUAUGCUACAAUUGAUGAAGUCACUUUCUAUAAUGAGCCAAUUAGAACUAAUUAAUUAAAAGCAUUCUUUGGUACUACUAGUGAAGACUUAGAAUUUAAGAAAUUAAUUUGGAGUGGAAUUUUGACUGCAGUCUAAUCUGGCAAUUAAGCUGUUUUAGAAGCAGUUAAAGAGUCUCCUUUCAUUGUCACUUUGUUAUUAUAUAUAGAUCCACUUGCAAAUAGUUAUGCUGUUAAUAGAUGGUCUCCUCCAUAAAAAAAAGAAAUAUAAUUACAUUGUUUAGGAAUAUUGGGAAAUGCAAUUGUUUAUUUAAAAGAUGAGUAAUAAAUGAAUAUAUUUUUCAACUAGUUUUUAUGAAAAAAAUGGUCUAUUUUGUUUAACCAAGUUUCUUACUAACACAUAAGAAUUGGAUCAUAAAGAAAGAUGUUUAAAGGCCUUCAAUAAUGCAUCAGAAUUUGAAUAGAAUUAUAAAAUCAAAAUUUGUGAUGAAGGUGUAAUGGAUAAUCUUAUAGAAUUUUUGUAAAAUGAAAAUGAUAAUGAUAAUCCAUUAAAAAUUAAAGAAUUGUGUUUUUCCAUUAUUUCCAAUUUGUGUAAAGAGUGCAAUAAAAAUAAAAAAUUAUUUAGAUAAAAAGGUGCUGUUGAAUUAAUGGUUAAUGCAUUAAAGAAUCCUAAUUUAGGUACAAGUGCAAGAUAUGCUCUAUAUGCAGUAAGUGUUCUUGAUUGUUUAUGGAACACUAUUUUAGGCAAUAGAAAAUCUGAAGCUAUCUUUUUGGAUUCGGAAGGACUCUAUGUAUUAUUGGAAUUUUUGGAAACUUGUGAUGAUAUGCAUAAGAAACUUACUCUAUCUUGUUUAAGUUAUUUGAUGGAAAAUCCUAAAGCUAUUCCAUACUUUUGUGAUUGGAAUUCCCCAAAAACAAUGAUUAAUAGUACAUAAUUACUUGUCAAAAUUUAUGUUGCAGAAGAUUAAAGGUUUGGAGUCAAAUAUUCUGAUGGCAUUGUUAUGAAUAAACUCAGACCAUUGAAUCCAUAAAAUGAUCCAAGUCUUAGAUCAACCAAUUAAUAAGGAGAUCAUAAAACAAAGCAUUUGAAAUCACUUAGAAUCUAAUAGGAGGAUUUGGAAUCAGAUGUGGGUAGUGAAGCAUAUUUAGUGAGAAGAAUAACUGAAAAAUCAGCUGAAUACGAUUUAAGAGCAAUUGUAUUUGCUAUCUUAUAUAGAACAGGAUUUGAUAAAAAUGAAUUAUUACCAAAUGAGAAAUAGAUGGUAGAAGUUAUACAAUUAUAUCCUCAUUUUAAAAUAGGAGAAAUAUGGAGAGAAAUCAAAUAUGAUUUAGAAUAAGAUAAAAUUAAACCUACUUCAGAUGAUUAUCAUUGGUUAAUGACCUCAAUUGAAGAAUCUGAAGAACUUGUAAUGAAUUGCAUGAAUACUUAAGGACUUGUAUCAUUAUUGAUUAAUAUUUUAGAUUGCAAGAGAGUUUAGAAAAGUCUAAGAGGAAGAACUUACCAAAUUUUACGAUAUUAUUAGAAGUAACAAGUUAACUAAAUGA